AUGAAUGGACGAGUAAGAGUUUACAGUAGCCGAGAUCCACAAUGGCGUAGCGCAUUUGCGAUGCUGGAACAAUGCCGAUUGAUGCUCUUCGACGAUGAAGGAUUGGUUGAGAAUUUGGAAAAAGCUUUCUUGAAGAUGGAUCUGCAACAAGAACAAUGGACGGUGAAAUUCAUAAAUGGAGAGAAGGGCGAGUUCGAGAAUUGCAUCUUGAUCCGGUCACACGGGGAAAGCUUGUACAUGUUGUGCCCGACCGACAAUUCUACAUCAAGAUGGAUGACGGCUUUUCAAAGUGCUCUACGGAAGCGUCAUUUCAUGACCCGGACUCCAUCGCAAUUCUCCUCAUUGGCUACUGAUCGGUGCUCAAGAGGGUCUCUUCGCAACUGCUCUCGCCGACCCCAGGAUGCCAUUCAUGGUCACCUGUUCGGGGGCGGUUUCAGGGUUACUAUUCAUGAAAGACGUGGACAUUGUGGCGUGCAUCUCGGGAAAAAAUCGUCAACUUGGUCUUUUGCCGGUGCUCAAAUGAGAAUUCAACUUGGGUCACGUCAACCAUCACUUCGCCAACAAGAAAUCCCUGGAAUCGAGUACGUGCAUAUGAUUGAAUAUCACGAAGAAGGACAACAAAAGUAUCUCCUUUCUGCCGACACACAAGAAAUCCACAUUCUUCAGUACAAACGGGACUUCUUUGUCGCACAUAUGACAAUUCCAACGCAAGAACCAGUGACUUGUCUUCUCUCGGCGCAUGGUGGAAUCUACUUUGGAGCUGAUUGCUUUUAUCACGCUCACUCGUUGUACUCAGGAAAGCCUCAGGUGCGCACUUUGACGGCUGAACAUGUGGCCGAUUAUCCUCUAGCUGUUCUUGAAACUGGAGAUGAUGAAGUCCUGCUGGCAUAUCAAAAUUAUGGCAUCUUUGUGAACAGUCGCGGUGAGAAAGAGCGCAAGUCGAUUAUCGAAUGGGAGUUAACACCAAUGGAAUUCGCCUACACCGCUCCAUAUCUCUACGUGAUACACUGCGACUCACUGGAGAUCAUGCAAGUCUUCGAGAAUGAUGGAGUCGAUUCAAAAACAAUCUCCCCGGAACGCGAUAUCUACGAUGCAAAGCAAGCUCAUGUAGUCGGAAGAGGACCAAAUGGAGAGGUGUUCAUCUCGUUGUCAAACAAUGAAAGAAUCGAGUUGCACUCAUUUUUCCCGAUCAACGGGAAGCGAGGAAAUCAAAAGAAGCGUGCCCUCACCAAUGUUUUCGCCACAUGGGAAAAGAAAAGCCGCAUCGGACAU